UCUUGGAAUAAUUAAUGACGUCGCGCUGUAAACACGACUGACGCUCAGCUGCGUGGCCGAAGCAUCCACCAAGAGCCCAAGACCUCUCCAGGUUCCUGCUGUGUUUAUUUCUCGACGGGACCGCUGAAAGGCACUAAAAUAAACUGCGGUUCACCUCGACUCUCAUAUGCGGUCUCCAAAACCAAGGCGACACAGCAUUUGUUUUACUAAGUGCCAUGGCUGAGAACACGGACAACCCCUCCUCUUACUAUGGUGAGCCGUGCAAGUUUGACCCAAAGUUCAGAGGACCUGUUCACAAAAGGAGCAGCACUGAUGUGGCUUGCUGUUUUAUCUUCAUCAUUGUCAUCGUCAGCUACAUCAUUCUGGGUACCAUGGCCUGGAUUCAUGGCGACCCCAGGAAGGUGAUCUAUCCAACCGACAGCCACGGUCAGUUCUGUGGCCACAAGGACACCCCCAAUGCAAACAAAGCCAUAUUAUUCUACUUCAACAUGUUGAAAUGUGCCAAUCCUGCAGUUUUGAUUAACCUCCAGUGCCCUACAACGCAGCUCUGUGUCUCCAAGUGCCCUGACAGAUUCUCAACUCUCCUGGAUGCCUGGGAAACCAACAACUGGGAGUAUUACAAGCAAUUCUGCAAGCCGGGCUUCAAGAUUAGCAGUAAGUCAGUUGAUGAAGUCAUACGGGAUGAAGACUGCCCAUCUAUAAUCGUGCCAAGCAGGCCUUUCCUUCAGCGGUGCUUCCCUGAUUUCAUUACAAGAAAUGGAGUUUUAACUGUCGCCAAUCAGACCAUCUUCAAAGACGGUAACAACAACCAGAGAAGUGUCAAGGACCUAAAAGAUGCUGCCAAGGCUGCCAGCUCUGCACCCAGAGAGCUCUGGACAGAUAUUUCAGGAGGUAUCGCCAGUCUGCUGAAUGCCAAAGAAGUUGGCAUGAAGAUCUUUGAGGAUUAUGCAAAUUCCUGGAAAUGGAUCCUCAUUGGUCUGGUUAUGACCAUGGCGGUCAGUCUGGUCUUUAUCUUGCUCCUGCGCUACACUGCUGGCGUGUUCCUGUGGCUCAUUGUCGUCAGCGUGAUCGCUGCGAUCGGCUACGGUAUCUGGCACUGCUAUUGGGAGUACAGCUCUCUGAGCGGGAAGCCAGGCACUAAUAUCACCAUCUCUGAUAUCGGCUUCCACACAGACUUGAGCAUUUUCCUUCAGCUCAGACAGACAUGGCUUAUCUUCAUGAUCUGUCUUUCUGUGAUUGAGGCCAUCAUUGUGGUUAUUCUGAUAUUUCUGAGGACAAGGCUGCGCAUCGCUAUUGCAUUACUGAAGGAGGGAAGCAGGGCCAUCAGCUACAUCAUGUCCACUCUCUUGUACCCAAUCAUCACCUUUCUCCUUCUGGCCAUCUGCAUCGCUUACUGGGUCGUCACAGCACUCUUCUUAGCAUCAUCUGGCAAUGCAGUCUACAAGGUCGCACCUACUGACAAUAAAUGCAUGUACGCCAACCUCACAUGCAGUCCAACGACAUUCAGUCAAACCAAUAUUACCAAAGUGUGCCCCGGGUCACAAUGCAUGUUUGCCUUCUACGGUGGAGAAAGUGUGUACCAUCGCAACAUCCUAGUCCUCCAUGUGUGUAACCUGUUCGUGUUCCUCUGGCUGGUCAACUUUACCAUGGCGCUGGGCCAGUGUGCCCUGGCCGGGGCCUUCGCAUCCUACUACUGGGCCCUGAAGAAGCCAAACGACAUCCCUGCAUGCCCCCUCUACUCCUCUUUCAGCCGAGCCAUACGUUACCACACAGGUUCUCUUGCCUUUGGUUCUCUGAUCCUCUCUGUGGUUCAGAUGAUCCGAAUUGUUCUGGAGUACCUGGAUCACAAACUGAAAGGUUCUCAAAAUGCAUGCACUCGAUUCAUGCUUUGCUGCCUCAAGUGCUGCUUCUGGUGCCUGGAACAUGUCAUCAGGUUUAUAAACAGAAACGCAUACAUUAUGAUAGCAAUAUAUGGAAAGAACUUCUGCACCUCUUCCAAUGAUGCUUUCUUUCUCUUGAUGAGGAACGUUAUUAGGGUGGCUGUCCUCGACAAGGUGACAGACUUUCUGCUCUUCUUGGGAAAACUGCUUAUUUCAGGAAGUGUUGGUGUUCUUGCAUUUUUCUUCUUCACACAUAAAAUACCAGUCAUUCAACAGGAGACACCAUCCCUAAAUUACUGCUGGGUCCCCCUUCUGACUGUGAUAUUUGGAUCCUACAUGAUUGCACAUGGCUUUUUAAACGUCUAUGCCAUGUGUGUGGACACAUUGUUCCUGUGCUUUUGUGAAGACCUAGAGAGGAAUGAUGGUUCUUCUUCCAGGCCCUACUACAUGUCUCCUGGCCUGCAUAAGAUCCUGCGCAAAGGAGAGGAGGGUGCCAAAUUAUGCACUGCCUCCUGAGCAAUGUGCGGCCACUUUUACUGCUACUUUAACUCUCUCACUCACUUCUCUAUAUCUACUGUAUGUGUUGGGGUCUGGACAUUUGAGAGCGAGUACUGUAGGGCUAAACAUCAACACUGGAUACAUCCCAGCCUGGUCAGGAAUGGCUUGGACAUGAAAGGACAUGCUUUUACUUCGGUCCCUCCCAGAAAAGGCAUGGGCGACUAGAAAAGACCAGUUUCCUAACUCUCUUGAGCCAACUCAGAUACUUGCCUUUUUUUCUGCCACGCUUAUCUUCUUUUUUCUUCUCUAUAUUCUCUUCUGACCUCUGCCUUACUGAGAGGGUACAUGCGAACUCGCAGGACGGACGCACAGGCUAAGAUGAAUAUGAUAUGAGCAUUUUUACCCAAACAAACAUAAGGACCUUAAGAUGUACAGAUGCCACUGAUGGACUAUGGCAUAAGGCUUUACCAUUUAAAAAAAAGUGGUGGACUUAUGGGACACACCUCUUGUCGCACUUUGGUCUGCUAGUGUAAAAUCAUGUUUUGUAUGCACUUUCACAUGUGGGAAAAGAACCAUGUGAUUUAUUUCUUCUGUCAAGCAUGAUUAUUUUGCUGGCUGUUGAUAUUUACCAUUGGCUUUAUAUGUUGCUUUGAUCCACCGUAUUUAUACUAACACAGAUCCAAAAAAUGGUUGUGUAUUUCUGCACUUAGCAAAACCGGUGUCUCUUAUUUUACAUAAUUUCAAAAAAAAGAAGGUCACAAUCAUUUCAAAGUUUCCAUUAUAAAGAUCAGCUCACAGAUGUACUGUAAACCAGACAGAGACUUUGUGGGAGGUUAAGACUUCAAAAUACAUUUUAUGGUUUUUGCUUACGAUUUGAAUAGAACCUGACAGUUUUUCAGGAAACUUCUGAAUGCAGCCACUAGUUUAUGUGCCUAGUUGUGAAAAAA